AUGGACCAAGUAAAUGACUCUGUGGUAACUGAAUUUUUAUUACUGGGACUUGCACAAUCUUUGAAAAUGAAGAGUUUCCUUUUUCUCUUCUUCUCUUUAUUCUACAUGGGAAUUAUUCUGGGAAACCUCUUCAUUUUGUUCACAGUGAUUUUUGAUCAUCACCUACACUCCCCCAUGUAUAUCCUGUUAGCCAACCUGUCACUCACUGACUUGGGUCUUUCAUCUACUACAGUUCCUAGGAUGAUCUCUGAUCUUUUCACUGAUUUUAAAGUCAUUUCCUUUCAAAACUGCAUGAUACAAAUGUUUUUUAUCCAUGUUAUGGGGGGUGUUGAGAUGGCACUGCUGGUAGCUAUGGCAUACGACAGGUAUACUGCAAUCUGCAAGCCUCUUCACUAUCUAACUGUUAUGAAUCCCAAAAUGUGCCUGUUUCUGGUAGUAGCUGCUUGGGUCAUUGGGGUCAUUCAUGCUGUGACACAGUUUGUUUUUGUCAUAAAUUUACCCUUCUGUGGUCCUAAAAAUGUGGGGAGCUUUUAUUGUGAUUUUCCUCGGGUUAUUAAACUUGCAUGCAUGGACAGUUACAGACUUGAAUUUGUGGUCACUGCCAACAGUGGCUUCAUAUCUAUGGGCACCUUCUUUUUCUUAAUUGUAUCAUACAUCUUCAUUCUGGUCACAGUCCGACAACAUUCUUCAGAUGAUUUAUCCAAAGCAUUUUUCACUUUGUCAGCUCACAUCACUGUAGUGGUUUUGUUUUUCACUCCAUGCAUGUUUCUCUAUGUAUGGCCUUUCCCUACUAAGUCGUUAGAUAAAUUUUUUGCCAUUGUGGACUUCGUUGUCACUCCUGUCUUAAAUCCUGCCAUCUAUACUUUAAGGAACAAAGACAUGAAGAUGGCAAUGAGAAGACUGAAUCGACAGGUUGUAAACUCUAGGGAGAUAACUUAA